AUGGCUGAAGAGCAGAGAAGUCUGAGAAGCGUCUAUUUGAGCGCAGAAGCAAAGCGGCAAGAGUUGGAAGGCUUGGGCAACAGCAAUACUGAGGAUUAUCAAGAUACCCUCUCAUCGGCCAUCAAACUUUACGAAGACUGUUUACGAAUAGCCGAUGAAGUAUCUCUAUUCAGCCCGAAUGAAACACUAGAAGAUGUCUCCUCUGGCGACCUACAAUAUUUCCUUAUCAAUCACCAGCUUGCGGAGCUGGUCCAGCGGUUGACCGGCAUCGAACGGCGGAAGGAAAACCUGUUGGCCGCAAGAUCAUGUUAUGAAAGCUUUCUGAAACUCCUAGACGCAUAUGAUCUGUUAUCUAAAUCAGAUAGCAAGCUUUUGGAGCAGUAUCAUGAUGGACCUGACCGGUUCUCAGUCGCAUCCACGACUGAUGCUUCAGCUCGAAGAGAGACGAAGAUUGCGCGGUUUCGAGAAGAGAAAGAUUUAAAGCAGCGGCUCCAACAACUACGCCAAAAUCCCACGGCGCAGACGGAAGAUUCCACUAUUCGCUCCCUUCAUUUAGGUUCAAUUAGUCUCGCUGUCCACCACACAUUCGCCUCCCUUGAAUCUAUAUCACAGGAGCUGCAAAUCCUCGCUCUAAUGCCCUCUGAACCUUCAAAUGCUUCCAACCCUGCUGACGCCCGCUCUCAAUCCCGCGAUGGAGACGCCUACUCCGACCGUCUGGUUUCCGGCCUGGGCGGUGCUGGCCUUGGAAAAUACACCGGCCCCAUUCUCUCCGCUCAGGGGAAACCCCUCCGGCCCUUCACUCUCCUGGACAAGCGAACCCAGCUUCGCGACGGCGUGUUCCGCCCAUCUCACACACUCCCGAGCAUGAGCAUCGACGAGUACCUGGAAGAGGAGAGAAAGCGGGGUGGGAUCAUCGAGGGCGGUGGAGAGGCUAGUGGGAUACGGCCGGAAGUUGAUGAAGACGACUUGGAUAAGGCAGACGAAGAGACGAUGAAGGCGAGGGCGUGGGAUGAGUACACGGAGGCAAACCCGAAAGGAAGUGGAAACACUAUAAACCGUGGGUGA